AUGCCUUCAGAAAAUACCAAAGGCAGUUUAAAGCGCGAUAGGGUAGGAACGAUCGAAGAGAGCGAAUCGUACAAAAAGCCGCGCCGAUCAGAGAGACUCUCACAACCGGGUCAUACUCCCAUCUCGAACAAGCAGCACCUUCCUUCCCCAGUUACAAAUCAAGGUUCUUCUAGUGAUAAUCUCAGAGAUGGCACUGCAACACCACCAGAGGGUCGACCAAGCCAGAUCCAGCACCGAACUCCAGAACCAAGUGAGCGUUUCCUUAAGGACUCACAAGCUUUGUCAUCUCCCGUUCGAUACUCGCAAGCAAAAACUCAAGAAUUGAGCCAAUCACAAAGAGACGCGACUACCUUGUCAAGUCAGGUCGAAGAUGAGGAAGAGGAAGGCGUUUGGGGAUACUUGAUGCCUCUCAAUCACAAGUAUGGAAGACUUCUUGUCUUGCGGAGAAGAAAUGCUUGUCCGUUGCCAGACAAGGACAGUGAUCUCGGAAACCCUCGUAUAGGCAAAGAUUUGAAUAAGGAAGAAGAGGCUUAUGAAGCUACCAAAUUCAAAGGCAUUGCUUCCGGUGGAUACUUGAUCGGACGACAUCCAGAGUGUGAUCUCAAUAUCGAUGAUAUCAGAGUCUCCAAUAGACAUUGUCUUAUUUUCACCGAGAAUCAAGCAGGUCUAAACGUUGCAUUCGUUGAGGAUCUAUCAAGCAAUGGUACCUUCAUCAAGGAGAGUAUCAUUGGACGAAAUAAGCGUCGCCAACUCGAAGAUGGAGACGAAAUAGAAGUAGUGGAUGAUGUCAGAUUUGUCUUUCGCUACCCGAAGCUGCGCGAAACCAGCAAAUUUUUGCAGAAAUACCUACUUCUAGAAAAACUGGGGUCAGGCCACUAUGCAACGGUUUACUUAUGCGUUGAAAAGGCUACAGGUCAACGUUUCGCCGUCAAAGUCUUUACAAGAAAGCCUGGCAUCGGAGAAAAACAAAGAAUUGAAGGUUUGCAGCAAGAAAUUGCAAUACUAAUGGGCGUCAGUCAUCCAAACAUUCUAUGCUUGAAAGAUACUUUUGAUGAACCUGGCGCAACUUACCUCGUCCUAGAGCUCGCAGCGGAAGGAGAAUUAUUUAACUGGAUUGUCAAGAAGGGUAAACUUACAGAACAAGACACAAGAAAGGUCUUCGUUCAAUUGUUGGAAGGCUUAAAGUACUUGCAUGAACGUGGUAUCGUACACAGAGAUAUCAAACCAGAGAACAUUUUGAUGACAGAUGAAGAUUUGCAUGUAAAACUUGCAGACUUUGGUCUCUCAAAGAUUAUUGGAGAGGCGUCUUUUACGACAACGCUCUGUGGUACCCCAAGCUACGUAGCCCCGGAAAUCCUCCAAGACAACAACCAUCGAAGAUACACUCGUGCAGUUGAUAUUUGGUCACUAGGAGUUGUUUUAUACAUAUGCCUGUGUGGAUUCCCACCCUUUUCCGAUGAAUUGUAUUCUAGGGACAAUCCUUAUGACCUCAAAGCCCAGAUCAAGCUCGGUAGAUUUGACUAUCCUUCCCCAUACUGGGACAAUAUCGGCGAUCCAGCAUUGGAUCUCAUUGAUCAUAUGUUGACAGUCGACCCGGAGCAGCGUUAUACCGUUGAUGAGUGUUUGGCUCAUCCAUGGAUGACUCAGAAGACUCUCAAUGUUCAUGACAGCACAGACGGUCUGGUCGGCGGACUUGCAAGUCUCGACUUUAGCAAGCGUAAGAUCAUGAGAGAGAGAACACUCCUCAGCGACAUCAAUGAGGUCAAGGUUUCCAAGAUCAUCCACAUCAACCCUGACAAAGAACCUGUCAAGGUAUACAUCAAAAAUCCACAUGCUAAAUCUAAUUGUAUCAACCAGCCCUCAACUCAACCAGACCCGAUGCAAAACGGAACCAAGAAUGAGCAAGUCCCAGCAGCUCAGCGGGAUCCAAAUGAGUUCAUUGAGAUGGGUGGCAAGGGCGACCAAACUCUCUUCGAUAACGCCGAAGGUAGCAUCUAUCCAGAGGAUUUGGAGGCAAAAGCCGAAUCUCCUGUUAAAUCCCACGAGAUGAAGGCGCCAGAAUUAAAAACCCCAAAAUCCAAGACUUCAAAGCCCGAGACACCAAAAUCUAAGACGCCAAAGAAGAACGGCAAAUAAUGAAUUCUGGCUAAGCGAUUUCGUCGAUGAUAGGAUUAACCUUUUCCUGCACAGUUUUACCUUGUAUUAUGCCUUUCUUUUUUAACACUCCCGCUUCUUUUCUGACUAGAUUCUUCUUCUACUUGUACAUACGUUGGGUGAGGUAGGGUAGGAGAAACUGCUAAGUACGCAGGCAGAAAGUCAUUUUUGAUGCUCUCGUACCCGUUUAAUGAUUAUGGGAUAGCAUGCAUGUUGAAGCUGUCUACAUUGUGGCAGCGGAGAAGUCAAGAUUGAUUGGGGACAUAACGUAUCAUACCUACUAGUCGUCAUAAAUAGAUAUUGUUAAUAUACCUUUUAAGCUGUUCAUUUGUUAGGAAUUCCAUGAAAUUCAUUCCAUUAUAUUCUGCACAUCCUCAACUUACAAAGA